ACUGAAGGUACUCACCCUGAACCCUCAAAGGAAGAGAACACAGGGCAUGUAGACAAGGGUGACUUGCUGCCCAGCCACAAAAACCUAAAGCCAGAGGUGACAGCACCAGGUUCUGUGCACAGAGAUGAGCCUCAGACCAUUAGGAAACAAGGAAGAACUGGUAGUGAGCAUCAUGUGAAAAAUAGCCUCAAAAGCAUCAAUUUCCUUGCACUGCACAACAAAGUAGGUUUGUCCUCUGAUAACCAGGACAGUGCCUCUGGAAGCAGUGGCAGAGAACAGCCCAGCUCUGAGCAUGGCCAGCUGAGGAGGCAUGAGGAGCAUGGCAACAAGGCCAACCCACAUCUUCCAGGCAGUGCAGAGCAUCCAGGGGAAGGGCUUGGGCACAGCAUGUGGAAAUACAACAAAAAUGCAGUUGGCCUCUCUGAAAAAAACAGUGAAAGGGAUGAAGGAGAAAGCGUGGAAGAGGAGAAUGAGGAAUGGGGUGAAGAAACUGAUUACAGAGAGGAAAAGCACAAAGGUCACCAGACAAGUGGAGGUGACCGAUACAAAAGAGAGAGAGAUGAAGACAUCAUGCAAUCUGAUGAAGCCCUGAGAGAUUCCAGCCAGCCAGUCCAGCCAGCCAAGAGACACAGUGAGAAACUGGACUCAGAGGAAGAAGAGAACAGCCACAAGAAGCCCCACAAAGAAGAAAUCCCCCUCUCUGAAAAACCUCAUAACAAAGAUCAGGGUGCCAAACAGCAAAGUCAGGAGAGGAAAGACAACAUUCAAGUGAACUAUCAGAGUGGUCAUGACACGGUGGUGAAAGGACAAGGUGCAGCAGACAGUAGUGAUGAUGAUGACGGUCAUGACAGUGGUGAUACUGAUGGUGAGGAGUAUCUUGGCAACACCUGGAAAGAAGCAGCCUAUGAAGAAGAGGAGAGAAUCCAGAGCAAUGACCAGGAGAGCACCAGUGCUGAGCCAGAAGGGGAAGGACCCACUGAAGACGAUGCUGUAGUUCACAGAGAGACUGAGAAUCACCAAGAUGUCAAGAUUAAAGAUCUUAUUCACUCUGAACAAGAUGAUCACAAUCAUGGGCCACCUAAUUCUGACAGCAAGCAACAGCUAAAAACAAGUAGCUCUGCUCAGAGCAUGAAUUUAAUGGGAAAUGAAGACAAGAUUUACCACAACUUCUUCUGCCUCUGUGAUUACCCAUGUCGGAACUUCCACUGCAAAAGAGGCAAAGUCUGUCACGUGGACAAGGAAGGGAAACCUCACUGUGUUUGCCAAGAUCCUGCUGCUUGCCCUGCCACCAAAGACUAUGAGCAUGUUUGUGGUACAGAUAACAAGACUUAUGAUGGCACAUGUCAACUCUUUGGCACCAAAUGCCAGCUGGAAGGGACAAAAAUGGGACGCCAACUGCACCUGGACUACAUGGGCUCCUGCAAAUACAUCCCCCAGUGCACUGACUAUGAAGUGGACCAGUUCCCCCUGCGGAUGCGAGACUGGCUCAAAAACAUCCUGAUGCAAUACUAUGAGAGGGAGCUGAACACCUCUGGGAUUCUGACUGAGAAGCAAAGGAGUAAGGUGAAAAAGAUCUAUGAGAACGAGAAGCGCCUCACAGCUGGUGACCACACAGUUGAGCUGCUCCUGCACGACUUUGAGAAGAACUACCACAUGUAUGUGUAUCCUGUGCACUGGCAGUUCCAUCAGCUCGAUCAGCACCCUGUUGACAGGCUACUGACGCACUCAGAGCUGGCACCUUUGAGGGCCUCCCUUGUUCCCAUGGAACACUGCAUAACCCGUUUCUUCCACGAGUGUGAUGGAGACCAAGACAAACUGGUUGCUUUGAAGGAAUGGUGCCACUGCUUUGGGAUUAAAGAAGAAGACAUAAACGAAAACCUCCUUUUCUGA